AUGAUUAGAGCAGCUACGAGGUUAGGAACAAGACCAGUGGGUAAUUAUGGCAAAUUUAUCAGAUUACAAUCGACCUUUGAAAUUCCGAAGACUCAAAAGGGUGUAAUAUUCUAUGAAAGUGGUGGAGAACUGCAUUACAAAGAUGUGCCUGUUCCGAAGCCCAAGCCUAAUGAGAUUUUAAUCAAUAUCAAGUACUCCGGUGUAUGUCACACGGAUUUACACGCAUGGAAGGGAGACUGGCCUUUGGACACCAAGCUGCCUUUAAUCGGUGGUCAUGAGGGGGCUGGGGUUGUUGUUGCUAAAGGUUCGCACGUCAACAACUUUGAAAUUGGCGACCUAGCUGGUAUCAAAUGGCUGAACAGCUCGUGUAUGACUUGCGAUCUCUGCGAGACAGGGUAUGAAUCCAACUGUGCUAAGGCUGAUUUAUCAGGCUACACUCACGACGGAUCAUUCCAACAAUAUGCCACGGCGGAUGCGGUUCAAGCGGCUCAAAUUCCAAAGGGUACAGAUUUGGCGCAAGUCGCACCAAUCUUGUGUGCCGGUGUGACUGUCUAUAAGGCAUUGAAAACAUCGAAUGCUCGUCCCGGCCAGUGGGUCACUGUAUCUGGUGCAACUGGUGGUCUGGGAUCACUGGCAGUGCAAUACGCUAAGGCUAUGGGGUUAAGGGUGGUAGGUAUCGAUGGUGGCCCAGGUAAAGAGCAGUUGUUCAAGUCGCUCGGCGGUGAAGUUUUCGUCGAUUUCACAAAGAGCAAGAAUACCGCUGAAGAGAUUAUUGAAGCAACUCAGGGUGGUCCACAUGCAGUUAUUAAUGUCGCUGUAUCAGAAGCUGCAAUCUCAAUGUCCACUCAGUAUGUUAGACCCACGGGUACAGUUGUUUUGGUUGGUUUGCCGGCACAUGCGUAUGUGAAAUCUGAAGUGUUCUCGCAUGUUGUUAAAUCUAUUAGCAUCAAAGGUUCUUAUGUGGGCAAUAGGGCUGACACAAGAGAAGCUAUCGAUUUCUUCUCGAGAGGCCUUGUGAAGUCGCCAAUUACGGUGGUUGGUUUAUCAGAAUUGCCAAAAGUUUACGAUUUAAUGGAAAAGGGUGCUAUCUUAGGUAGAUAUGUGGUCGACACCUACAAAUGA